GCCCAGAGCUGUUGCCUUUGAUGGAUGAUGGUAGAAAGAAGGGUAGUUCCUGUUGUUUUAAAUUGCUAAAAUUACAGCAUACCUGACCUUAUUCAUUCACCUCAUUUUUUACUGCCUAUUUGCAUCAUCGGCAGUCGUGGUAGCAGAGCUACGGGUCGUCCUUGGUGGUUCUUGCCUCGUGCAACACAAACACAGCCUCAGGUUCCUUCCCUCUCUUCGCUCACUCCGUUAUACCUGCUGUGCAACCUUUCUCACGUCAUACCGAAUUGCAUUUGCUCUCACGCCUCACACAAAAGCACAUUAUUUAUCAUUUACAGCUCAACAUCAACAUUCAGAUCGCUUGUUACAAGAACAGGAUCACACUGUUUCAUUGUUGCAAAGGUCAGGGCUCUACACUGUUGCAAUUCGCAUUACAGCGCAGAGAAACGAGGACGAGGACGAGGACAGGAUAGUACAACAUCAAACUCGACAGAACCAAUCCAUUCUGUGCCUGGCGCUUCGGAACACAUGAACGAGAAUACAAUUGUUCUUCGAUCAUCAAUCCACAUCGAACCAACGUCUCGAAGAGCACGCAGGUCUGCGUCGGGAAUCCAACUGAUUGCAUCCGCCCUUGUGGUCAUGAACUAUCCUACUUCCUGCAAUUCUCCCUUCGCCACUGUUUGAUACAGUCACACCCGAACCAGUCUCGAGCAUCUAGCGCCAUUCAGCUUCAAUUCCAGUCUGAACUGUUUUGCCUUGUUCUCACAAAACACCAAUUUCCACCACGAGUGACUCUGAUUCACCCCAAAGGUCACUUCGGCUUACAGCUCGUCUCUUUAUUUCCUCCACUGAUAAGUCUUCACUACAUCAGAUCUGGCAUCCUGCGCAACGUUAACUUGCCUCUUCACUGACCAAAGGUUCAAUAUGGCCAAUGGUUUCGGAAGCCUCGAGCGCUUCUUCGCAAAGAAGAAGACGCCAGCCGCCUCGACCGAUGCAGUUGAGCCUGCUUCUAACCCUCCAACAAUACCUCAGUUUCCUUCACCUUCUUUUAUUCGCCCAAAAACAAGUCGCAUGGCGGCGCGAGAGGAAGUAAGAAAGCAGCCGGGUAAUCGAGUUCCAUCUCUAACGGCUCCUCUUUCUCCUCAUCGGGUGGACUUGAUGCACACCCAAAGCCCUAUGCGAUUCUCAAAUUCGCAUAAGUUACAGUACUCCCCUCUCAAGGCUUCUUUCAUGCCUACACAAGACGAUUCCUUCCUAGACGAGUUUGAUGUUUAUCAAUUUCCGCGACCUCCAACCCGCCAGGGAGAAACAUCUGCUUCUUCAUCUACCUGUGAUCCAAAAUCAUCCAUGGAAGCCCCUAGUGAGCGUAGCCUUUCAUUACGACAUUCGAGAAAGCCUGCAACUAGAACUUCGCGGCUCAAUACUCCCCCAUCCUCAGACCUGGAAGAUGAGGGUGCCUGCAGCCCUCAGUAUUUCCGCGACAAAAAGCUUCCGGCAUUGCCUCCCCAGAAGCCCCCGACGCCAGAGUCUUCACCAGAGCUUCGUCCGGUUCACAUUGCUCAACUGCGAACAUCCAAGUCUAUCGACUUUCUGAACAGGGCAGUUUGCAAGGACAUUCGCCGCCAUUUCACCAAAACUUCGGAUCAGAGGCCACUUCGAAAAGCUAUCAGUCAGACUAGUUUGGAAGACACCACAAAUAUGCUCUCCAUUACUAGCUCUACACUCCGAGAACCAGACUUUAACGAAUUUUUCAACCUCAGUGAUGAUGACAUUGCUGAAUCGGCUCCCGCAGAUGCGGAUGCGGUAGAGACAUCAACAUACGCCACUGCCCCUUCUGCCCCCGAUUCUCCUCGUUCUUCCCUCCUGACACUCACCCCACCUUAUGCAAGCAAGCCUGCAACUGCUGCAGCAUUUGAGGCGGCUAGGAUUGCCAAACGCUACAACUUCGAUCUCGUUUACGUGGUCAAUCUAUGGACUGACUAUGAGCGAAUCAAUUCUGAAAGCCCCGCCAGCAUGAACUCACCAAGCAAGAAAUUUGGACCCUUGUCUGGUCGUCUUCUCGCCGCUUAUGGACUGGAAAAUGUCAAUAUGCCUUUCCAAAUAUCAACAACAGCUCAUAGCAAGAUUUUGAAGACUCCAGGUUGGAUCGAGUAUCGAGCAAAGGAGGUCCGUAAUGAUGAAUUUGCGCGAGGCUAUGCCUGUGCUUUCUACACUGGCGAGUGUUCAACAGGGAGCUCUGCCAUCUCGAGAAACUCUUCUUCAACAUGCUCUAUCCAAUCCAUGAACACUGGCCAUGGAAUCAUUUUCGCGGCGUAUCGAAAACCGCGAGCUGACGGUAGCUUACUUGGAAUUUCUUCUGGUCCUGCCGAUCUUGUCAACGUUCACAAGGAUGCGGAGGCACUUGUCGAAAUGCUCGUGGACAUCCAUGUAACGAAUAGACUUCGAGAGCCUCAAUCGCGUUGCUAUCAAUCAGAAGAGACAGGCCCAAUGCCGUCCCAACGAAAUGGGCGUCUGUAAGGCCAACAUCAGGUCUCAUCCUUACAGACUACACGACAACGAGAUAUGCUUACACGACUUCAUUUCAUUUGUCUUUCAUGCGAGCAGGUCAUGCUUCGCUACGAUGUUUUUGUAAAAUUUUCGUUUACUUGUUUGACUCAAGAUACCACAACGGGCGGUCACCUGUCGAUUUUCGUUACACGUUACGGUCAUGAAUGGGCGUCACAAUUGAUAUUGCCAGGUCGCUUUUGUACACCGGCACAAAUUUUGAGGAAUGUGGUUAUAGAACCAGCGGAGGAAAUGUUAAUGCGCCUCAAGUAAUGGUCGGCAAUAGUUUGUCAUCUAUGAGCCAUUGAUAGGCAAUGUGUGGAUGAACUAUACUUGAUGCUUGAUGCGUUAUGAUUAGGGGAAGCAAUGGGAUCUUUAGUCAACCCAAACCCACCAUGACAAUUAAAUGAACAAAACCUCUUAAUACCUCUC